CCAGGUCGUGGAAAAGAAAUAGCGGACUAUUUGAACUGAGCCCAACAUUUUACUCCGAGUGUGGUGGUUUAUGCACCAAUGUUGGUAGCGAAUUCAAGACUGUGUAAUAUUUGUCGUGCUCCGAAAUGGCAAUAUCAGAAACAAUUGAGCAGGCUUUUCAAGGCCACAAAUGAACCAGUUUUGUUGCAUAAGCCUGGUAGUACGGAACGUCAAAUGUUGGAUAGUACGUUAAGUACUAUGAUUUCAAAUGGGUCUUACAAUAUUCCUAUAUGUAUUGAUUCAGAUGAAUUGUCAUCCUCACAACCUCGAAGGCAGAUUUUGCCAUUCGAUCAUUCGAAAACACUGGCUAAUUUUUAUUAUGCCUCAGGAGAACAAAUCAGACGUGCAAUUGAAUCUUGCUUAAUAGCUCGUAAAACAUGGUCACGUACAAGUUUUGAUGAACGCGCUAAGAUAUUCUUAAAAGCAGCAGAUCUUGUUAGUAACAAAUAUCGCAUGGAAUUGUUGGCAUCAACUAUUCUAGGUCAAGCAAAAACGAUUUUUCAGGCUGAGAUAGACGCGGCUGCAGAAUUAGCGGAUUUUCUACGAUUUAAUGUGCAAUUCGCCUCAGAAGCUCUGCAAUAUAAACCGAUCAAUACUGAGGAUGCAAAGAAUACAGUAGUUUACCGACCAAAUGAAGGGUUUUGGGCUGCUAUACCACCAUUCAAUUUUACCGCUAUUGCAGGAAAUCUAGCAAGUGCUCCAGCUUUGAUGGGGAACGUUGUAAUUUGGAAACCCUCUGAUACAGCUGUGUUUUCUAAUUAUCUUGUUUACAGAUUAUUACGCGAAGCUGGUUUACCCCCUGGUGUAAUUAACUUCGUUCCAGCGGACGGUCCAACAUUCGGUAAAAUAAUCUGUGAACACCCUCACCUUGCUGGUAUAAACUUCACUGGAAGCACUAAGACCUUUCGUUCUAUAUUGAAAGUGAUUGGCAAUAAUCUCGAUAAGUACCGUGGUUAUCCACGAACUAUAGGUGAAUGUGGCGGUAAAAAUUAUCAUUUUAUCCAUCCAUCUGCAAAUUUGGACGAGGCUGCUCUUGGCACUAUCCGAAGUUCAUUUGAAUAUUCCGGUCAGAAAUGUAGUGCAUGCAGUCGACUUUAUGUGCCUGAAAAUUUGUGGCCAAAAUUUAAACAACUUUUACUUGGUCAUUAUGAACAAUUGAAGAUUGGAUCACCACUUGAUUCAGAUACAUUUACAUCUGCUGUUAUUGAUCGUACUGCAUUCGAUAAAAUCUCCGGCUAUUUGCAAUAUGCAUCCACUUGUCCAGAUAUUGAAGUUGUCGCUGGUGGUCAUGGAGACGAUAGUGUUGGUUACUUUAUUCAACCUACAAUUUUGAUUACUAAGAAUCCAAUGGAUAAGUUAAUGAAGGAAGACAUUUUCGGACCAAUUUUAUGCACAUAUUUGUAUCGUGACAAUGAAAUUGAGAAAACUUUGGAUCUUGUCGAUUCAACUACGGAUUAUGCGUUGACUGGUUCUAUUUUUGCUCAAGAUAAAGAAUUUAUUAAUUAUGCAACUGAUCGCCUGAUUGAUACAACUGGUAAUUUUUAUGUGAAUGUUCAAUCCACUGGAUCUGUAGUUGGUCAACAACCAUUUGGUGGAGCUAGAUUAUCAGGUACAAACGAUAAGGCCGGUGGACCUCAAUACACUUUACGAUUCACUUCUCCACUUUCAAUUAAAACACAAAUCAAAUCCAUUCCAUCAUGGAAACAAGCACAUAUGAUCAAUUGAGUUGUUGAAUUUGUUUCUUUUUUACUAUUGAGAAUUACUCUUUUUUUAUACGUACAAUGCAUAAUUGUUGAACAAUUUGCAUACUUAUUGUCCCAAUUUGAUGUUUGCAAUAUUUUUUAAUCUUUUUUAAAUGUAAUAAAUUUUAUACUUUUUAGAAAAA